AUGUCUUCAGCAUUCGCCCCAAUUCUGCGGCAGACAGCCCGCCGCGCGGCCUUCACUCAUCGCCAUCUCAUUCGCUCCACAGUCCCCGUUGCCCGUUGUCUGCAUAACGGCCCUCCUCGCCAGGGCAAGCCAGGAAGCUAUUCCCGGACUGACGAUAAGAUCGAGGUCGAAUAUCCCAAGGAGCAUGAGCUUCCUCCCAGUGCACCCGUCCGAGGGAUUCCCGGACAAUAUGUCAAGCCGACCUUGGGCUCCUUCACAUUGGAAGGCAAUGUCGGUAUCGUCACUGGCGGGGCCCGCGGGCUGGGCCUCGUCAUCGGUCAGGGCAUGGUAUACUCCGGUUCUAACCUGGCUAUUGUUGAUUUAAACAAGGAGGAGGGCGAGAAACAGAUCCAGCAGCUGCGUGACGCCUUUACUAGAGAGAACCCAAAUGCUGAGCACAUUCCCAAGGUCACUGCGCAUUACGCGGAUGUGAGCGACCCGGAUUCCGUGGCUGCCUGCAUUGAUGAGAUUCUCAAGGAGCAUGGCAAGAUUGACAACCUCGUCACCUCUGCCGGGUUUGCUGAGAACUUCGAGGCUGCCAAGUACCCCGUUGACCGCAUGCGCCGCCUCUGGGGUGUCAAUGUUGACGGCACCUACUUCUUCGCUACCGCGGUUGCGCGCCACCUGAUGGAGCGUGAGUCUCCUGGAAGCAUCGUCCUGAUUGGAAGCAUGUCGGGAGCUAUCGUCAACGUCCCCCAGCCCCAGACCCCUUACAACAUGUCCAAGGCCGCCGUCCGCCACAUGGCCGCGUCUCUCGCCGUCGAGUGGGCGCACGCGGGAAUCCGUGUCAACUGCAUCUCCCCCGGAUACAUGCUCACCCCCCUCACCGAGAAGAUCCUCGAUGAGAACAAGGGGCUGAAGGAGAAGUGGGUUUCUCUCACGCCCCAGGGAAAGAUGGGCCAGCCCAAGGAUCUCAUGGGUCCCGUCACCUUCCUGCUGUCUAGUGCGAGCGGUUAUGUUACAGGUGCCGACAUUCGUGUUGAUGGCGGAUACACCCUUACAUAA